ACAAGUCAGUGGCUUGACCGCCAGACAAGCUAAACACUUCUCACAUUCUUUUUAACCACUUUUGGUGUAGGUGAUUUGUAGGAGCCAUGGCCCGUACCAAGCAGACAGCCCGUAAAUCUACUGGAGGCAAAGCCCCACGUAAGCAGCUGGCCACCAAAGCUGCCCGCAAGAGUGCCCCUUCUACUGGUGGGGUCAAGAAGCCCCAUCGUUACAGACCUGGUACUGUGGCCCUGCGUGAGAUCCGUCGUUACCAGAAGUCCACUGAGCUGCUGAUCCGCAAGCUGCCAUUCCAGCGCCUGGUGAGAGAAAUUGCUCAGGACUUCAAGACUGACCUGCGUUUCCAGAGUGCAGCCAUUGGGGCCCUGCAGGAGGCCAGCGAGGCUUACUUGGUUGGUCUGUUUGAGGACACCAACCUGUGCGCCAUCCACGCCAAGCGUGUCACCAUCAUGCCCAAAGACAUCCAGCUGGCCCGUCGUAUCCGUGGGGAGCGUGCUUAGAUGCCUACCUGAUUUACCUCUCCUCCCCUCAAGUCUGCCCUCCCCUUCCCUCCCCCUCUCCUCUUAUGUUGGUAGUGAUUUAGAGAAACAAUUAUGAUACGAAUAAUGUGUAUAGUGGUGUUUUCUUAGUACUCUCGACAGCAGACUAUUAUAGGGUACUCUUUUGUGCAUGUACCUGCUUGUUGCUGGUCAGAUCCCCCACCAUCACACCAUCAAAUCAGAUGUUCCAUUGUCAUGAUGCCGUGUGGAGAGAUCAGAUAAAACAAGACAGGGAAUCUGACAUAGGUUGUGGUCGCAGGAGGAUGGGGUUAGGUUUUUGUCUGCAGAGUGGAGUACCUCUUUCUCUGCAGGGUGCUAGAACAACUGGCCUAGUCCCCUUCCUCCUUCCCUACUCUUCCAGUGAAAUAGAGACUGAGCUGGUAUCUUUCAUGGCAACACAUGAACGAGAGUCCAGCCCCCCUUGUGUGUGAGCGUGUAGAUUCUGAUCAGCACAGCAAAUUGUAUACAAUUCAAAAACAUCUCUGGAGCAAUUGUUUAUUACAAUAUUGAUCAUUAUCAU